AUGGAGCUAGACGGGGUUGCUAUCCCCUACACUGCCUCGGUUCGAGAGUACAACAGGGGCAAAGCGGGCUACAUAGCUAAGGCCCUGGAGCAGCCAGUGCUCUUUCCUCGGGAUAUGGAGGCCUACAGGCGGUUCUCCCAGCCCAAGCUUUUUCUGUCCCUUAAGAGGGACCUUGCGAUGAUCACCCAGCAGGUGUUUGUGGCUGAGGAGUUCUGCCGCAGCAACCACAGCUUGGCUGAAGCUGAGGUUCAAUCUCGAACUGAGGUGGAGAAGACCGUGGGGUCCCUUAAGCAAGAAAUCCUUGAACUGGCGGAGAAGUUCAAAGAGUCGAAGAAACGGCGCAAGAGCGCGGAGGCUGGCCUAAAGAGUGCUGAAACCCAAGCCAAGGAUCAGCACCAGAAAUUGUACGUAACUGAAACCAGUCUUGCUACUGAGAAGCAGAAUGUACUGGAACUUAAGGCCGCUCUGCAGAAAGCUGGGGACGAGAUACGGCGGGUUAAAGAAGAGGCUCAGCUGAUCCGAGAGGCUGCAGAGGCUGAAAAGAAAGCUUCUCAUCAGCUCGGGAUUCAAGAGACGGAGGCCAGGCUAUCCAAGGAAAUCCCCGAGGUGUGCAGGGACUACUGCAGCAUCUCAUGGGCUCACGCCCUUGAUGCUACAGGAAUUCCUGCGGAUUCGGCGCUGAGGCUGCCUGAGAACGUCUUCUAUCCUCAGGAGAUCCGAGAGAAUCCUGAUGGCGCCCAAGCAGCUUCUGAGCAGGACUUGGCGGUGCCUGAUGCCAUCCCUGUGCCCGAUAAAGUGAAGGAUCCUGCCAUGGACUCUAUCUCCGAGGCUCCUCCUCCUCAGUCAGAGCAGAAGAAGGAUCCUCCUGCUAAGGCUUAG